AUGGGAAAGAAAAAUGAUCUCUCUGCUGCGGAGAAGCGUCAAUGCAAUGCCUUAGCCAAGUUUAAGAACACUCUUUCUCAACGUACAAUUGCAAGGAAUUUUGUUGUGGUGGCAGCCCGGCUGACGGUGAGUGUCCUGUUUAUUUCUCCUUUUUUGCUUGUGAUUCUGUUUUCCCCUGUUUUUUUCCUGUACUCUGCCUGCCUCCCUGUGUCUCCUCCCCUGUGUGUACUCUCUCCCUCUGCUCCUGAGCCCAGCCAACGACCCGCACCUGCAUCUCGUCAGCCACCUCGUCUGCCUGCCACACCUGCCAGCAAUCUACCUCAUCCCUGCCUGCAUAUCAACCCUGGUUCUCCACUCCAUCGCUGCUUCAUCAUCGUUGUUCCUUACCUGGUUCACUCACCCUCGUCCUGUGAAGUCGGUUGGGCUCGCUCACCUGCCCUCUCCCCUCGGACUUCCCCCACGGCGUCCUCGUGCCUCCCCGGUCAGCCUGCCACCACACACCUCCACCAACCCCCGGAUCAGUUCUCCCAUGCCUCCUCUCUUUCUCGGCCCCCCAUGGUCCCUCGGCUCUCUGGUCUCAGUCUCCUCGGUUCCCCGUGCCUGCGUUUCCCCGGCGUCCACCUCUCCCUCAACUCCAGUCCCUUAACCCCUUUUUAUUAUUAUUAUUUUAUUUUUUCCCCCCUAAUAAAACCAGUUAAUCUUGAGCGCUGCGUUUGGGUCCACUCUGUCCAUCUCGCAACAGAAUUUAGGGAUUUCCUCAUCUACGGUCCAUAAUAUCAUCAAAAGAUUCAGAGAAUCUGGAGAAACCUCUGCACCGUAAACCAACAUUGAAUGGCCGUGACCUCGAUCCCUCAGGCGGCACUGCAUUAAAAACCGACAUCAAUGUGUAAAGGAUAUUACCACAUGGGCUCAGGAACACUUCAGAAAACCAUUGUCAGUUAACACAAUUCGUCGCUACAUCAACAAGUGUAAGUUAAAACUCUACCGUGCAAAGCGAAAGCCAUAUAUCAACAACACCCAGAAACACCGCCGGCUUCUCUGGGCCCGAACUCAUCUGAGAUGGACUGACGCAAAGUGGAAAAGUGUGCUGUGGUCUGACGAGUCCACAUUUCAUAUUGUUUUUGGAAAUUAUGGACGUCGUGUCCUCCGGGCCAAAGAUUAAAAGAACCAUCCGGAUUGUUAUCAGUGCAAAGUUCUAAAGCCAGCAUCUGUGAUGGUAUGGGGGUGUGUUAGUGCCUAUGCCAUGGGUAACUUGCACAUCUGUGAAGGCACCAUUAAUGCUGAAAGGUACAUACAGGUUUUGGAGCAACAUAUGUUGCCAUCCAAGCAACUCUUUUUCAGGGACAUCGCUGUUUAUUUCAGCAAGACAAUGUCAAGCAACAUUCUGCACGUGUUACAACAGCGUGGCUUCGUAGUAAGAGUGCGGGUACUAGACUGGCCUACCUGCAGUCCAGACCUGCCUCCCAUUGAAAAUGUGUUUGUACAUCAAGCAAGAGUGGGAAAGAAUUCCACCUACAAAGCUUCUACAAUUAGUGUCCUCAGUUUGAGUGUUAAAGGAAAGGUGAUGUAACACAUUGGUAAACAUGCCCCUGUCCCAGCUUUUUUGGAAUGUGUUGCAGGCAUCAAAUUCAA